CCUUUCUUUUCUUCUUCUACAGUUCUACUUUAUUUUUCCGAUAAGAACAAGUUAUCAACCUCCGAGAAACUCGCCCCGAAAUUCUCUGAAAUUCCAUUAUUAACCUUUUUUGGAUCUGAGUCUCAAUCCUGUUUAUAUAAAAAAAAAUUUACAGAUUGAAAAUGGAUUAUUUUUUUCUUUCAAUUAAUUUUUUUUAAGAAAAAUACAGAGCUUUGAAGGGAGGAAACAACAGCUUCACUUCUCUCCUUGGACUCCUAGUGGCUGUGGUGAUGGGAAAAGUGGCGGUUGGUGCGGCGGUGGUGUGCGCAGCGGCGGUGUGUGCUGCUGCGGCGCUGAUGGUGCGGCACAGGAUGAAAUGCUCCGGGAGGUGGGCACGGGCCAUGACAAUACUCAAGGAGUUUGAGGAAAAGAGUGGGACGCCAAUCUCCAAGCUCAGACAGGUGGCGGAUGCCAUGACCGUCGAGAUGCACGCUGGCCUCGCGUCAGAGGGUGGGAGCAAACUCAAGAUGAUCAUCAGCUACGUUGAUAAUCUACCUACUGGUGAUGAGAAGGGGCUGUUUUAUGCCUUGGACCUUGGUGGCACAAACUUCCGUGUUCUUCGUGUACUGUUGGGUGGGAAAGAAUAUGGUGUUGUUAAGCAGGAAUUUGUGGAAGUGUCAAUUCCUCCACAUUUGAUGAUCGGGAGCUCAGAUGCAUUGUUUGAUUAUAUUGCGGAAGCUCUUAAAAAGUUUGUUGAUACAGAAAGUGAAGGUUUGCAUGUUUCACCUGGUAGACAAAGGGAGCUGGGAUUUACCUUCUCGUUUCCUGUCAGGCAAACAUCGAUAUCAUCAGGGACACUUAUUAAGUGGACAAAGGGCUUCUCUAUAGAAGAAGUGGUUGGACAAGAUGUUGUAGCAGAAUUGACAAAAGCCAUCGAAAGGGUUGGCCUUGAUAUGCGUGUUACAGCCUUGGUCAAUGACACAAUUGGUACAUUAGCUGGUGGAAGAUACUAUAACAAAGAUGUCAUUGCUGCUGUAAUCUUGGGCACUGGCACGAAUGCAGCUUAUGUAGAGCGUGCUAAUGCAAUUCCCAAAUGGCCUGGUCUUCUACCUAAGUCAGGUGAAAUGGUUAUCAAUAUGGAAUGGGGUAACUUUCGAUCAUCACACCUCCCCCUAACAGAAUAUGAUAAUGCACUGGACGUUGAGAGUCUAAACCCCGGAGAGCAGAUUUUUGAAAAGAUGAUUUCCGGUAUGUACUUGGGAGAGGUUGUGCGCAGAGUUCUGUGCAAGAUGGCUGAAGAAGCUGCCUUUUUCGGUGAUACUGUUCCACCAAAAUUGAAAAUUCCAUUCAUACUGAGGACUCCUGACAUGUCUGCGAUGCAUCAUGACAUGACCCCAGAUUUGAAAGUGGUUGGAAGCAAACUAAAGGACAUUUUAGAGGUAUCCAAUAGUUCGCUGAAAAUGAGAAAAGUUAUUGUUGCACUUUGUGAAAUUGUUGCCACUCGUGGUGCCCGCCUAUCUGCAGCUGGAAUUGUGGGCAUCCUCAAGAAAUUAGGAAGAGAUACAAUCAAAGACAGUGAAAAGCAGAAGUCUGUGGUAGCUCUUGAUGGCGGGUUGUUUGAGCACUACACUAAAUUCAGAGAGUGCAUGGAAAGUACCCUGAAGGAGCUACUUGGAGAGGAAGUCUCUGAGAAUAUUGUCAUUGAGCACUCCAACGAUGGCUCUGGCAUUGGAGCAGCCCUCCUUGCAGCCUCCCAUUCCCAGUACAUCGGGCUUGACUCCCAGUACCUUGAGGUUUAGGAAUCCUAAAAGUGGUUUGCCAUGGUUAGACAAAAGAAUCACGUCGUAUUUCAAUUUUUGUAUAUUUCAGCUUUUCCAAUCAGUAGACCUUCUUUGCAUCUCCUAUUCCAGAGAGUUCAUGCCCAAAAAUCCAUAAUUUAUGGUUAUCCGGAUUGUAUAAGCGAGCACUAUAUUAAGAGUGCACGUAGAGUGAACAGUAGUAGCCAAAAGCUACGUUCAGCCUAACUUACGCUGGAGGACUGUUGGUACUGGUAAUGGUGUAUACGGUAUACCAAUCUUUUCUCAUGAUCCAUUUGAAAAAUAAAACAGGGGAUGUGCACUCUUUUUUGAGAUUUUUCUUUUUGCAGAAAUGUUCUGCUGAAAAUAAACAUGUAAAUAAUAUAUAGCUUACAUGUAAGCUUGCUUCCGGGUGGUAGCAUGGGUACACGUCAAGCUAAGCUUUCCAGGUAGCAGACCUAGCAACAUCCUGAUGCUAGAGAUACACUCGUGCUUCACAUCUCGAACAAGGGAGGAGCAUCAAACUCACUCCCAGACUCUUUUGGCCACGACAGGGUGAGACUUCCAGAACUGGCUUCAUAGAAGGUCUAACUGCUGGUGGUGGUUCCAUUUCCCCAAAAGGCUGGAAAUGCCUUCCAGCCUUGGAUUUCUGAAAGGUUAGCUUGUGGGGUAAAUGACAUAAUAUCACAUUAUGCUGCCUAUAAUUGUUUAUU